UUCAAUUUACUUUUACUUACUUCAAUUUUUUCGCCCAAAAUGCCGAAGCCGAACCAAUUUGUAUUCUUGCUAAAAAUAUCAAAAAUGUGGAUCCCAAAUCGUCGAAUACGGAUGCCGAAUACCGCCUCGCGAAUAAGGAGUUUUUGCAAAAUGUAACGGAGAACGAUUUACCCUCUAAUAGUGCGUUCGAUACAUCAAAGUAUUCGAAUUACUCGCAACAUAAGUAUGUUUAUUGUUUGAAUAAUAAUUUUGACCAAAGAGGCAUACUAUCAUACUAAGUACGAUAUAUUUUUACUUGCAUAGCGAUGCAGGUGGCUCAAGUCAUUAUUUUUAAUUUUAUUACUUUGCCAAAUUGAUGGUGAUCGAAUUUACUCGUAACACGCCAUGUUUCUUUUUUUGUAGCUACGCAAGCUUCGAUACCGCUUGUUGAUUUUUGCAUUGUUAAGUUCAAAAUUUAAUAAAGAUGUCAGUUUUGUCGUAAUUUUAUUUGAUUUUUGAUUAUUGCCCAUUUGCAUGUAUUUUGAAAAGGCAAGUGGCUGAAGGAGGCGGAGCUUAUCGAAACGCGAAGGAAUUGGCCAAUCGGAGGGCGCCAUAACUCUGCUUUAGCAAUCGCAUGUACAGAAUGGAUAAAUGCAUUCUAUCAGCAUUUUAAUUUUUUGUUGACAUUGAUAUUUUUUCGGUUUUUGACGUUUUUAUGAGUUGUUAGUUGCGACUGACUAGAUGAUGAUUUGAAUAAAGUAUAAAACGUUUAUUCUUACGUUCCAUUUUUCAACGUACCGGAGAAUAUUGUUCAAUUUACAAUGGCUGUAGCUUUGGCGGAGUAUUUCAAAAACUUGCUCCUUUUCGUGUUCACUCCAGAAUGCUACGACACAGUAUUCGUUCAGCAGGAUUUCUUCGAUGUGCCAUGUUUAAAGUCUGCUGUGAGCAAGUGUUUGGGGUACGGAAUUAUCGCCGGAUCUGUGUUGGUGAAAGUUCCCCAGAUUGUGAAAAUUUCCAAGAACAAGAGCGCUGAAGGGAUUAGUAUUGUUGGACAGAUUUUAGAGCUUUACGGUGUAACGGCGUCGGUAGCGUACAGCUACGUUAAACGAUUCCCAUUCAGCUCAUGGGGAGACAGUGUGUUUAUGUUAGCUCAGACUAGCACUAUAGCCGGUUUAUCGUUACAUUUCAACAAAGGCAAUCUUCCAUGUUUCGUUUUUCUCAUCGUUUACUCGAUUUUGGUGUAUUUGAGCGUAUCUGGUUUCGUGGCUGUUCAUAUAUUAUGGUUCUUCCAAGCAUCAUCUGUGCCUGUGAUGUUCAUCGGUAAAAUGAUCCAAGUGUAUCGAAACUUCCAAGCGAAAUCCAUGGGGCAAUUGUCUUUGAUAACUAAUGCGUUACUGUUCUUCGGAUCAUUAGCUCGUGUAUUUACUUCUGUGCAAGAGACUGGCGAUUUCAUAAUAAUAUUGACUUAUUCUUUGGCUACAUUCGCUAAUGGUAUCAUGUUGACUCAAUUCUUCGUAUAUCCGAGUAGCGAUGCCGUUAAGAAACCAGCUCGUAAGAAGCAACAGAAACCUCAACCUCCGCCGAAAAAGAAGAAACAACGUUAGAUAACGUAUACGAUGUAUCUCAUGUGAGACUUCUCCCACAUUAAAAGUAUUCCUGUUUGGUAGGAUUUCGAAUAUUUAUUCUUGCGAUAAAAUAAUAUAAAAAUGCCUAUAGAAGCAUUGAUACGCGAGUUUCGCUCAUUUUUUUUCCUUCGUAGUUUAGAAUUAUUUCAUCUUGUUACCUUGUUUUUUUCUCUUUUAUAAAUAUUCAUGUUAGAAAUGAAUUGUAUGAAAUUGUGAUCAUACGUUAAUUUCAUGAGACAGAACAUCUGUACAGUGUACAGUUUGUUCUUGAGAAUCAUUUUAAAUUUUAAUGAGUAGUGUUUAGGUUCUAACUUAAAUCACUGCCGUUAACGAUAAGAUUUGAAUUAUGUAUUUUUGUGUAUAGAAUACUGAGUUGUAUUUUCGUUUAUUUCUCUCAAAAUUAAGGGUCACGUGUUUUAGUGUUACACAUUCGUAAUUAUUUUUGGUUUUUAUACUAUUUAUUUUUUAUACUCUGUAUAAAAUUAGAAUUUAUGAGUUCGUAAUCUAGCGCAUAUUACAUGGGUCGGCUUUUCUCUUUGUUAUACGUACAUUGACUGUACUUCUUAUUGUCUUUAAAAGAUGCAUUCAGAUGACUGUAAAUAUCUACUUGAAAAAAUAUUAAUGUAACGUCAUUGCUUGUUUAAUACAUUUGAUAAAUUAGUUAA